ACCUCCUCCUCCCUGGCGUGACCAAGCUCGGCUGAGCAGUGCAGUUGCAGUGUGAUGGGGUCGAGGCUGGGGCUGACGCUUUGACAGCUGGAAGAGAAGACGCGAGCGAGACAGAGCGAGUCAGCCAGCCAGCCAGCCAGCUAGCGAGCCAGCUAGCUCUUGCACACACACACAGACCAUGUUCGCCAAAGGCAAGAGCUCCGCGGUGCCCUCGGACGGACAAGCUCGAGAAAAAUUAGCUUUAUACGUCUAUGAAUAUUUGCUACACGUAGGAGCACAGAAGUCAGCACAGACCUUUUUAUCGGAGAUCCGAUGGGAGAAAAAUAUCACUCUAGGGGAACCUCCGGGGUUUUUACACUCGUGGUGGUGUGUGUUCUGGGACCUUUACUGUGCAGCUCCUGAGAGACGGGACACUUGUGAACACUCGAGCGAAGCCAAGGCCUUUCACGAUUACAGUGCCGCUGCGGCUCCCAGCCCAGUGCUCGGAAACAUUCCUCCCAGCGACGGGAUGCCAGGGGGACCGAUCCCUCCAGGGUUCUUCCAGGGACCGCCUGGCUCUCAGCCUUCUCCGCACGCACAACCUCCACCUCACAACCCUAACAACAUGAUGGGACCCCACAGCCAGCCAUUCAUGUCUCCCCGGUACGCUGGAGGCCCACGACCCCCAAUCAGAAUGGGAAACCAGCCUCCCGGAGGAGUACCAGGUGCACAGCCCCUGCUGCCCAACACAAUGGACCACACACGGCAACAAGGACAUCCUAACAUAGGAGGACCAAUGCAGAGGAUGAACCCCCCCAGAGGAAUGGGCCCGAUGGGUCCAGGACCUCAGUCUGAUCCUUGGUUAUCAUUGCAGAACUAUGGCGGCGGAAUGAGACCUCCACCCAACUCAAUAGGCCCCGGCAUGCCUGGAAUUAACAUGGGUCCAGGAGCAGGAAGACCGUGGCCGAAUCCUAACAGCGCUAAUUCAAUCCCAUAUUCUUCAUCAUCCCCAGGCACAUAUGUGGGCCCCCCUGGUGGAGGAGGACCCCCCGGCACGCCCAUCAUGCCCAGUCCAGCAGAUUCCACAAACUCCAGUGACAACCUCUACACAAUGAUUAAUGCUGUACCGCCUGGUGGAAACAGAACAAAUUUCCCCAUGGGCCCAGGCUCCGACGGCCCCAUGGGUGGCAUGGGGGGGAUGGAGCCACACCACAUGAACGGAUCAUUAGGGUCAGGGGAUAUAGAUGGACUUUCUAAGAAUUCUCCCAACAACAUAAGUGGCAUUAGCAAUCCACCCGGGACCCCGCGGGACGACGGCGAGCUGGGGGGCAACUUUCUCCACUCCUUCCAGAACGAUAACUACUCUCCCACCAUGACGAUGAGUGUGUGACUGCCCCACCCCCGCCCAGGACAAGAAAGAGUCAGCCAUCGCUUGGAAGAUAACCAUAUGCAAGAAGCAGUGUAUCCGUUCGACAAAGAGCCGAGGAAGCACCCUGAAUUUAGUUUCGCGCAAUAACCAAGGACAAAAACAUGGCUGAACUUCUUGUGUUCCAUAAAACAUGAAGGACAAAACUUUUUCAAGACGUGACAAAACCAGCUUCUGGAAGGAUUAUAUACAUACAUGAUGACACAUUUUUAGUUACUUUUAUUUUUUUUCCCAUCCCCCCCCCCCAGUUAUAAUUUUUUUUUCCCUGAGCGCAAAAAAAAUAAAACGGAAAGCUGACUCGACCUCUUCUGCUUUGUUCUUGAAAACUGUUGUCUUGUCUGUGCCGUGCCGAGCGGGGCUGAUAGUCUAGAUUUCGAGAGGUCCAUUCGUGUCGUUGCUACGUUUUAAACUGGACAGUCUGCACGUGCGCUGUGGAUUGGUUUUGAGAAGAAAAAAUGGGACAGUAGGCAAGUCUUUUUUCCCCCCAAUAAAGUCGUUCCUUCAUCCCAGCUACAAGGUGUCUCUCAAGAAAGACAUUUCUCAAAAACACACUUCUCCUUGGAAUUCUCUGUUAUGAACUCUCAGAAGAUGCCUUGAACUUGGGGAAUCUUAGUUUUUUUUAUUAUUUCUUUUUGAUUUUUUUUAGAUUAACAUGAAGAUCCUGCAUACUGGACCUUGUGUGGGAGAAUUCUGCUUUGAAAAAGAUCCCUUUUACUAGGUUUAAUUUAAUUCUGUUUGUAUAACUCCUCCAACAUAAGUGCAGUAGAUGCUUUCAAAGAAUCCGCCUAAGUCUGCAUUUACUGUAAAGUGGGCUAUUUGGCUGAGGGUGAGAAAGAAUGAUCUCCCCAGCACUGCAUUUGUCGACUUUCAUUUGUAUUUAAAUGUUAGGUUCUGACUGCUGUUUUGUAGACAUGCUCUGUUCAAAAGGAAGAAAACCCUCCAUUCGUCAGGGGGGGAGUACAGAAAAUGACACAAACCCUGUUGUACAGCGACAUUGUGUGAAAGCUGGGAUCUAUGUACAGUACACUACCUGUAGAUGGUCUUUUUUUAAGCCCACUUCUAUAAAAAAAAAGUGUAUCAUGUAAUGUAUAAAAUAUUAUCUGCCUGGACAUACCUUUGUGCUGAUUCUCGAACAUUGUAGCUGUUUCUGUGUUUCUUACCUUGUAGUAUGGUUAUAAUGAGAGACAAAGUAAUUAUUAUACAUUGUAGUUUGUGUUCAAUAUUUGUUGCUAAUAUUUUAUCAAGGGAUGAUCCCCUCCCCCUCCCCAAAAUCCCUGUUUCUGAACCCCAAAACCCUCUCUUCCUGAUUUAUUUUUAUUCUACUUCUAAUGCCAGAUUUGUAUUGAUUUCUUGCUGCAGUUAGAGAUAUUUCAUACUUUUUAAAUAGUGAAUUAUUUAAAUGUAUUUUUAUGUCUUUGCUUCAACUAGGCAUUUCACCGUGCUUAGCUUAGGGUAUUCGAGAGAAAGUAUGGCAGCCUCACGACUGCAGUAAGAAUAGAAAAUGCAAAAAAAAAGGUUUUGUGGUAUUGCUGUAAGCCUUUGGUCUUCAGGACGCUUUUUUUUAAGCGGAGAAUUGUUCGCUUGGAAAUGUAAUUUUACAAUAACUAAAUUAUUUGUCUUCAUUGGUAUGGGAUGGUUUUUUUUUUUUGAAUGAAACAGUUCCCCAACCCCCACCCUCUCUCUCUUCUUCCCUCCCCACACUGUAAUAAAUAUCAAGAUGAAACGGUC